UUGGCCUGCCAGUCCCCUUGCUCCUCGUCCUCACCAGCGCCCCCUUCGCGCUCGGUCCCUCCCAAAUCUUUCCCUGCCUCUAGGGUCCCACUCCGCUCAGGCUCCCUUGCGCCCCCCUUCCUCGCCCCUGCCAGUCCUGCGGACGUUGGGCUCUGUCUCUGUGGGUUCCUUGUUCUCCCAGCUGCGUCAAAUCAGGAGGAGGGGGGAAGACUGGGAAUAACCGACAUCUGAAUGAGCGUGACAGAACACCAGAAGAGGUGACUUUAGUAGUUCUACAUUUCCCACAGCUGAACAAGGCACGAGUGUCCCAUCACAAUUUCUUCUCAGGCAGAAUGGCACUAAGAAGUUUUGGGACUUUAUGAGGACACAUGACAGUGUCUCAAUCCUGAUAUUUAAUUCCUCUCGGCAAUGCUUUGUUAUGGUGAAGCAGUUCCGCCCAGCUGUUUACAUGUGUGAAAUGGAACGGCACCGGCCUCAAGACUUUCAAAGUAAAGACCAGGAUAGCUGGUGUCCUCUACUGGAUCCCUUACCAGCUACAGAAGGCGUGACCUAUGAACUCUGCGCUGGCAUAGUAGACAAGCCAGGACUUUCUUUGGAGGAAAUUGCAUGCAACGAAGUCUUAGAAGAGUGUGGUUAUGACGUUCCCAUUACAAACCUGAAGAAAAUCACUUCGUUCAGGUCCGGAGUUGGUGUGACCGGUUCUAAGCAAACCUUAUUUUAUGCAGAGGUAACAGAUCAGAUGAAAACUGGAGAAGGUGGAGGCCAGCCUGAAGAGGGAGAGCUGAUUGAAAUUGUAGAAGUACCUUUACAGGACUCCAUGAAAUUUGCUUUUGAUGAGCAUUUCCCUAAGACAAUGGGCGUUAUCUUCAGCUUCAUGUGGUUCCAAAGCAAUGUUGCCCUGGGGCCGCUGAAAAAAUAAAAUGAGCACCAUGAUUUUCUAACUUGA